CUGUUUUAUGUCGACAAGGUUGUGUUAUCGAUUAGAUCCGUUCCAAGAUCACUACCGAUUUUUAAAUCAUGGAAUAACGGUCUGCUGAAAGCGAGAGAGCGUGACGAGGUUGCGGCUGGUGCAUUUGGGAGAGGAUAUGUUGAUGAUGACAUACAUGGGUCGGAUGGUCAUCACCGUGCCGACAUACAUAGUGGCAGCCCCGUUGGGAAUGACAUGAACUGUGCGUCGGAAGUAAGUGUGCAUGAGUUUGUUCAAGAAUUUGCAUCAAAAGCCCGUAUUCUUGCCACUGUGGGUGUUGAAAUUUUACAGCUAGUCGAGAGGGCGCCUAAAGAUUUAUUAGGCAAUGAUAAUUUUAUGAAAAUGCGGUGUGCCGCACAGAAGCUACUUGGGGUGUCUAAUGAAGACGUAAAAGGAAAGUCUAGUCAACAAACACCCAUCUGUAAUGACGGACCUACCGUUCCCGGACCAACACAGUUAGUGGAUGAUGCAUUCUGGAACGACCCUAAGAAUCUGGCUGCCUUAGAUGCUAUUAUCGAUGCUGUUGCGCAUCGAGACCGUUUUAAACGGAUUCAUCAUGAAGGCCCCAGUUUUAGCUUGGGCUUGGGACUUACACCGGAUGAUGAGGAUGCUGAUGCAGGACGAUUCAAUAAUCUCAACGAAUUCACUACUGACGGUCCUUCCAAUUUAGACGUUCCAUCAGUUGAUCGCGAUGCAGUGGUUAAUGAACUGGAUGCAAAUACAAUUCCCGAUUGCGUGCAAGGUGCCGGUGGCGAUGCGAUUACUGACGAUCCUGUUGUUGAUGCUGGUAGACCAAAAAAGAGUCCCAAGUUUUCCAGCAUGGUUAAGUCACCUUUCAAUCAAAGGUAUAUUGACGUGGUCAAGUACCUCGACAGCCAGGAAAAGGCAGUUGUUAACUGGGUUUUGCAAAAAGCUAACGA